CCGCAGCCCCGCGGGCGAUGCGAGCCAUGGCAGACCAGGCUGCGGCGGCAGCAGACGCAUCUCCAGCCCUGGCACCAUCGCCAGGCUCACCGCAGCGGGGGCACAAUGAUGGCACAACGUCCUCUCCCACCGGCACCUGGGAGGACAGCGGCGGCAGGGAUGGCUGCGGACUCACUGUCACCACGGAAGGGGACGCAGAGCGUCCCCCCUCACCCCCACCCGGGGGGAUGCUCCUGGCUGACCUCCCACGGGCCCCCCCGCCCCGCCUGAGCCUGGCCAAGUCCCGCACGGCGCCGUCCUCCCCCAGCGUGUCCCCCUCCGAGAGCCGAGCAGCCCUGCUCCGGCUGCGGGAGGCCAGGCUGGAGGACACCCGGAGGAGGCUCUCGGAGGCUAUGCAGGAGCCCCUGAGCCGCCUCAGCCGCCUCAUGGCCGAGGAGAGCAGCCCAGCGCCCUGGGCGAGGGCGGGCACCGGCGGGCAGGAGCUGGGGGGCAGCCCCGGGCAGAUGGGGAGCCGUGGGGCUGGGGGACACCAGGCACGGGACUGGAGCCCCUGGGAGCCCACCCAGAACUGCCGCUACGAGAUCUGCUCCUACGGGGACGUGAUCCAGGUGGUGGAGGUGGCACAGCAGGAUGCUGAACCUCCACUGCCAUCCCCUGAGGAGCCGCCACCGGCACGGCCAGGGGGCACAGUGCCAGGCAGAGCCCUCACCUCCAUCGCCCUCCUCGCCUAUGGCUACUUCAUCCUGCCGCUGCCACCCUACGCCGCUGGCCUCUGCCUGGGGCUCCUCUGCGGGCUGCUGCUGGGCUUCCUCGCCAUCCUCCUCCUCCUGCCAAAGGCUCCACCAGUGGCACGAGGACCAUGGGGCCACCUCCGGCCCAAGCUGCUCCUGGGGGAGCCACUGGAAACUCACCACCUGCAGGGCUGGAUGAACCAGCUGCACACCUACGACCCCGAGCUCUUCCACCCCUCGCUGACACACUCGGUGCUGGCCACGCUGGACGGGGCCACCCUGAAGCUCUCCUACCCCAAGAGCAACGUCCCACGCCAGGCCACCCGCGACGAGGAGCCCCUCGAGACCACCUUCGUCAGCCACCGCUGCUACGACCUGACCGACGCCAAGGUCCUGCUCUGCCCGCCCAGCCUGGCCCGCAAGCGGACGUGGAACACGAAGUACCCGAUCUGCGUGCGGCUCGCCGAGCCGGCAGGGCUGCGGCAGGGCGGCGAGGAGCAGGACCCCGAGCUGCAGGGGGAGGAGGGGAGGAAGGCUCCCCCGGCAGGGCAGGAGGUGGCGGCGGGCUGCAGGGAGAGCUGUCUGUACCUCUUUGGGAGGACAGGCAGGGAGAAGGAGGAGUGGUACCAGCACCUUGUGCGAGCCUCCCGUGGGGCACCCAGCAGCAGCCACGGUGACGCCAGGACGGGCACGGGACCAGCUCUGCAGAGCAGUGGCAGCAGCACUGGAGGGAGCACUGAGGACAUCCCCUCUGCUGUGCCACCCAAGGACCUGGCAGGAAGCAUCCAGCAGGAGGUCUUCCUGGAUUACAGCACCUACAUGGCCCGGCUCGUGCCGGCGCGGGCAGGGAGCAGCCCAGACCAGAGCCCCUCUCACAGAGCCCUGGGCAGCCCCACGCCCACUAAGGGCAGCGAGGACAGGCUGGGGCACAGCCAGGCCUGCGUGGCCUGGAUGAACGCCCUGGCAGGACGCAUCUGCUGGGACUUCCUCCGGGAGCCCUACUGGGCCCAGCAAGUGGCCAGCAAGAUCCAGAAGAAGCUGAGCAAGAUCAAGCUCCCGUACUUCAUGAACGAGCUGGCGCUGACGGAGCUGGACAUGGGCACAGCCAUCCCCUCGGUCCUCAGCGCCUCCAGCCCCACCAUGGAUGACCGAGGGCUCUGGGUGGACAUGGAGGUCACCUACAGCGGCUCACUGCAGAUGACGCUGGAGACCAAGAUGAACCUCUGCAAGCUGGGCAAGGAAGGUGCUGCAGAGGAGAGCAGCCCAGCAGAUGCAGGCAGAGAGGGGGCCAGGCCCCGGCUGCAGCUGCUGGCAGACAGCGAUGCUGAGUCCUCCAGCGCCGGCUCCUCCGACGAGGAAGAGGUCUCUGCUGCAGAGCCCGUGGGAGCCCUGGGGGAGAGGGUCCCAGCCCCCGGCACCGAGGGCCACGGCAGCGGCAACAGCACGAGCAGGAGGAUCCUGCGCUUGGUGGACAAGAUUGCCAAGUCCAAGUACUUCCAGAAGGCCACCGAGAACGAGUUCAUCAAGAAGAAGAUCGAGGAGGUCUCCAACACCCCCCUGCUGCUGACGGUGGAGGUGCAGGAGCUGGCAGGCACCCUGGCCGUCAACAUCCCCCCGCCGCCCACCGACCGCCUCUGGUACAGCUUCCGAGGGCCCCCGCGGCUGGAGCUGAGGGUGCGGCCGAAGCUGGGCGAGCGGGAGGUGACCUUCCUGCACGUCACCGAGUGGAUCGAGAGGAGGCUGCAGCACGAGUUCCAGAAAAUCUUGGUGAUGCCCAACAUGGAUGACCUGAUCAUUCCCAUCAUGAGCUCCAGCCUGGAUCCUCAGCCACCCACAGGGGCACUGCCAGCCAGAGGAGAGAAGAGGCUCUGAAAUGCAGCCCCAUGGGCAGGGCAGAGACACUGCAGAGAGCUCAGGGACCUCGCUGGGACAUGGGGACAGCCAGGGCCUGGCCACCCAAUGCACCCAGGGCUGCCAGUGGGAUCUCAGCUUCUUGGCUCAUCUCAGCCUCAGCACUUCUGUGGAGGAGCCUCCUCCUGACAUACUGCAAGAGCAGAACCAGGCCCAGGGCAAGGGCUUUGCUGGAGACCCAGGAACCUCAGCACCCUCCCACCAGGCUCUCAGGACUCCUGGUCAGGGGAAGCAGCUCUGGACCAGUGGAGGGCUGGGCUUCCACUGCCUGACUCCCAGAGAAGGUGCAGGACAUUCAGGUGGGUUCUGCACUGGAGGAGUCAUGAUCACAGCUCCAGGACACAGCACAGACUCCCCACAGGCAGCUGGAUGCAAGGAGUGCAGUGUGAAUAAAUCCAUCCCUGGCCAGCCUUACCUAGCAGCCAUCUUCUGUACAGCAGCUCCCACAGCUGCUGAGGACCUGACCAGGGUCAGGAGCCUCUGGGCAGAGAGAAGCCCACAGGUCACACCUCCAGCUCAAGACAAGGAGUGUCCUCUGUUCCCAGUGGGAACUGGGGCAGAAGCCCUGAGCAGUACCUCCUCUGGAAGAGAAUUCACUGGAGCUGGGCUGAAUGCAGGCAGUGGGGGGCAAAAAUC